AUGGAUACAAUACUUUCAACAGGAACAAAUUUUCCAUUAGAUGCCACUUUGGAUGCUGAACUGUCAUUACAUAAUAAUUCAAAUGAUGCUUGGACUUUAUCUUCUGAUAACUUUACUAGUUUUACUCAAUCAUGUCCUCCUGGUGAACCCUCUAACUCAACAACAUCCACACCAAAAACGCAAAAAGAGUAUUUCAACACAAAUAAUACUGGAUCAACUAAUCAUCCACCUACUGUCAUACUUCAUCGUCCUUCUCUUGAAGCUCCUUUCAAUAAUACAAAUACUUUGAUCAACAACAUCAUUGCUUUUUCUUCUCCAAACACCUCAAAUACGUCAACACCUUCAAAUGAACCCAGUAAUUUAACCAUCGAAGGACCUGUUUGUCUGAUCAAUGGCGAUAGUGUAGAUUAUGCUGAUCAUUUGUUUCCAUUAUCACCUACUAACGUUACUUCUACUCCUUCAAGUCCAUUGGCCAAGUUUUUACCUUCUACGGAUAUGAAUCAACAUAGUAUGCCCAGUAGCCCAACUUAUUUACAAACAUCAUCUUCUUAUCCUUGGGCUGAUGAUAGUCCAGUCUCCCCCAUUUCUCCUGGAAAUUCUCCACCAGCUUCAACCUUUUUUAACAAUAUGAUGGAUCAGAAAAUACAACAACAACAACAAUAUACACCAAUGGAUUCAUCUAUGGGAAAUAUGUAUCCACUAUCCACAUCAUCGUCACCUGGAUAUCAACAACAACAACAACAACAACAACAAGAGAAUGAAACAGUACCUCGAAGAUCAGCACACAAUGCAGUGGAAAAAAAAUACAGAAACAACAUCAAUGAUAGAAUAGCUGCUUUGAAAGAGGCAGUACCAGCACUUCGUUAUGCUCGAUUGAAAAAGAACAACAAUGGAAAGGAAGAAAUGACCCACAGUGGAGAAGAAGAAGACCUGGAACCAGUGUUUAUGGAUGGUGUGACUGUAGCAACCAAAUUGAACAAGGCCACUAUUCUUCAAAAAGCAACUGAUUAUGUAUAUCAUCUGCGCAAUACGAAUCAAGACUUGAAACAAGACAUCGAUGUUUUACUUACAACCAUCGCCACUCAUAUACCGAAUGGACAACAAGCAGUGGAUCAAUAUAGACAACAUGUGGCUCAACGUGAACAUAAACGGCAACGACAGGUGGUUUGCAAAGAAAAAUCGAAACGUAAGAAACCCAAACAUCAACAACCCACCACGACAGAAGAGAUGCCUAUGGAUCAAUAUCAACAGUCUAUCAAAACGGAAGAGAUGCCAAUGGAUCAAUAUCAACACUACCUGAUGAUGCAACAGCAAGCGAAUUCAGCAAUGAUGGCGUAUCCUCAACAUCUUCAGCAGCAACAACAUCCCGAAUGA